CGUGGGCGAGUCAGGUGACACUGCGGGGCGGACGGCGGACGCAGGGUCGAGGUUUGAGCUCAGGCCCCCCACCCCGCCCCCGACCCGAGCCCCGCCGUCGUUGCCGCCAUGACUGGGCUGGUGCUGCUCUACUCCGGGGUCUUCGUGGCCUUCUGGGCCUGCCUGCUCGUCGUGGGAAUCUGCUACACCAUUUUUGACUUGGGCUUCCGCUUUGAUGUGGCAUGGUUCCUGACGGAGACUUCCCCCUUCAUGUGGUCAAACCUGGGCAUUGGCCUAGCUAUCUCUCUGUCUGUGGUUGGGGCAGCAUGGGGCAUCUAUAUCACUGGCUCUUCCAUCAUUGGGGGAGGGGUGAAGGCCCCCAGGAUUAAGACCAAGAACCUGGUCAGCAUCAUCUUCUGUGAGGCUGUGGCCAUCUAUGGCAUCAUCAUGGCGAUUGUCAUUAGCAACAUGGCUGAGCCUUUCAGUGCUACUGACCCCAAGGCCAUUGGCCAUCGAAACUACCAUGCAGGUUACUCCAUGUUUGGGGCCGGCCUCACAGUGGGCCUGUCUAACCUCUUCUGUGGAGUGUGCGUGGGCAUCGUGGGCAGUGGCGCCGCCUUGGCUGAUGCACAGAACCCCAGCCUCUUUGUAAAGAUUCUCAUUGUGGAGAUCUUUGGCAGUGCCAUCGGCCUCUUUGGGGUCAUCGUUGCGAUCCUUCAGGUGCUGAAUCCCCCUGGGGAGCCUCUGUCCUUGUCCCCAACCCAGCCUCACCCUUUUUCUGGAGGAGCCACAGUGCUCCCGUCUACACCUGUAACCAUAAGAACCUCUUAAACAGUUGCCACCACCUAGUUUCCAUCUUUUGGUUUUCCCCUUUUGAAGUUUUCCAUUUAUUUCUGUCUUCAAUGUGGUAUCACUGACAACUGUCUUUUUUUGUCUGUUGUGUCUGUAUACAAAAGAUUUAGCUUCUCUUUCCUGUUCUGUUAUUUUGCCUGUUCCUCGCUGUCUUUGUAGUCUAGACCAGGUUGGGAUGCGUCUGUGUCAGUCUGUCUUGGUGUGUUUGACUGUGAUGUCAGUAGGACAGCACAUCUGAGGUGUGUGUGAUUAAGGAUCAGCCUGAGUGUCUGAGUGUGACUGUGGGCACCUGACUGGGUUGACUCUUGGUGACUGGCACUGUCCAUAUGCCCUGUCCAUAUGCCACUUCUCUUUGUCUUGUCUGUCCCACAGUUGAACUCUGUAGUUGUCUCUGUGUCCCUGUUCACUGUGUUUGUCACAGCAUGUCCAUCCUGGUCCAGUCAUCCAUCUGUUGUGGUCUGUCCAUCCUGCCAUGGGUCUGAUCAUCUGUCAUUUGUCAUUGUCUAAUCUAUUUCUCUGUCCCUGACUGAUUUCU